AUGCCUAGCGCUAGAAUUGACGUCUACCUCGACUUUGCGUCGUCGUUUAGCUAUAUUGCCUUUGCCGACUUGGAAGCCAACCGGGAGAAGCUCGCUGCCAAUGGUGUCACUAUCGAAUAUCACCCCAUCUUCCUCGGCGGCAUCAACGUCGCUUCCGGAAACAAGCCGCCGUGGUCCCUACCCGCCAAGGCCGCAUAUCUCAGCUACGAUACCCCGCGCGCCCUGCGCCGCGUCGGCCUCAGCCACUUGCAGACGCCCGACGACCUCAUGGCCUUUGGCAUGACGGUGCAGCCCCUGCGCGCCAUCCACUACAUCAGGGCGCACUACCCAAAGCCCGUCUUCCUAGCCGCCUUUCACUUCCUCAUUGACCGCUUCUGGACGGCCCCCAACCGCAAGAUUGGCGAUGCGGACGUGCUGCGCCAAGUCCUCCUCGAGGCCACCGAGACCGUCUCCGGCGGCCCCAAGCUCUUCACGACGGCCCAGGUCGACGAGAUCAUGGACGGCCGCGCCGCUUUCAAGGACAGCCUCAAGAAGGAGACGGACGAGGCGCUGGCAAAGGGCGCGUUUGGCGCGCCGUGGAUUUGGGUCACGAAUGCCAAGGGCCAGGAGGAGCCCUUCUUUGGCAGCGAUCGCUUCAACCACGUCUACGCGUUUCUUGAGAUUCCUUUCCAAGAUAUAGCAGUUCUGGCUCCCAGCAAGCUGUGA